UGAGAGUGUGCUCAGUGCUCCUGUGCCCCAUGGCUGAAAAUGGAUCACCCGAAAUUUAUUCUCAUCCACCAAGAGAGACCAGUAAAACACCAACAGAAGCAGCCAUUUUCUUCGGGGCUGACAACACCGUUCCUAAAUCAGAAACAACAAUUACCUCUGAAGGAGACCACAUUACUUCAGUAAAUGAAUGCACACCAGAUGGUGAUUUUUCUACUACAGCCAACAAGCUCACACCUACAAAGGAAAAAGUCAAGUUAGAAGAUGAUAUUGAGCCCACCCUGAAGUCAACAACUCCUCCAGAGAAAGAAAUGACUGCUCCAACUGAAACUACAAACUCCAAAGCGAAGGAGUCAAUUACUGAAAAUUUCGUUCCAGUGAAAAUGGGAAACAUCUCAACCCCAGUUGGUACUGUUUCUUUAAUAGAUUUUUCUAGUAACAUGGCAAAAGAAGAUAUCAUCUUAGCCACCAUUGACACAGGAGACAAAGUCCUACCUACUACUGAGCUCUCUGGCAUCUUGCAGGACAACACUACCGAUUCGGUGGACACCUCCCCACUUCCAGAUGAAAACACAGAAACUGGUAUUAGUUCUUCAACCACUUCCAAUGACCCUGAUGAUGGCACUGUCCAGGUCACCGACUCCUUGAGUCCUGAGGCUGAGAUACUGUCCUCUACUGAAAAAGAGGUCGCCACCACUCCAGACAUAACCAAAGUUACAGAAGAGAACAUAACUGAAAUUGAGCUGAUUGUUCCAGAGGAUAGCCCCAAAACUGUGACUAAACUAACUGACUCAGAUGAGGAAAAAUUCAUCACUGUUUUUGAACUCACUAACUCUGCUGAAAAAGCCAAAGAUAACCCAGAAGACACUUUCACUGAUGAGGAAUCAACUGAUGGAGUUAAUGAUUGGAUGGAGAAAGAGACUACUAUGAAUGAAGCAGAGACCCAUUCUGUGUUGCUUACUGCUGUUGAAUCCAGGUAUGACUUCAUUGUUCCUGCCUCAGAAACCACAGACAUUAUGGAGGAACCAACCGAUGACACAACAGAAGAUCUGUGUGAUAAUGAUACAACAGAAUUUGCAACUAAGGUCACAGAGAUUCCUGUAGUGACCACUAUAGUAGACACCCCUAAACACAAGGAGGACUCUUCUACCACUGACACAGGUAUCUUCCAAUUGCUGAAAGAAGAUCCCGAUGAACUGAUGAUGUAGAAGCAACAACAUAAGGGAAGCCACGUAGAAGUACACAAUGAAUUAAAAGAUAGUCUUAAUGUCUAAGAAGUUACCCAAAAAGAAAAAUCUUGAAAAGAAAAAAUAAAAAAUAAUGUGGGCACU